AUAAAAAAAAAAUUAUUUUACAACAAUGUUGACCAUGAAUGAAUUAGUGGAUUUACAAAUGCAACAACAAUUAGCGCACGAAAUUUACAGACAGCAAAUUAUGCAACGCAUACCAGAUCCCUUUCCCACAAUGUUGCCCUUACCAAUUCCAAUGGCAGCCCAUCAUAUGAUUAUGCCGCCACGUCCAACACUCCCAGGCGUAGAUGCUAAAUUGGAGAACAAUGAUUUGUGGAAACAGUUUCAUAAAAUCGGCACAGAAAUGAUAAUCACUAAAAGUGGAAGACGCAUGUUUCCAUCAAUGCGCGUUUCGCUUGCAGGUCUGGAAGAGGAAGCGAACUAUUGCGUAUUGCUAGAGAUGGUACCAAUCGGUGAUUGUCGUUACAAAUUCUCCGGUUCACAAUGGGUGCCGGCAGGCGGCGCAGAACCACAAAGCCCACAACGUAUGUUCUUGCAUCCAGAUAGUCCAGCCACCGGCUCACAUUGGCAAUCACAAGCUAUACUUUUCAAUAAGGUUAAACUAACUAACAACACUUUGGAUAGCAAUGGACAUAUCGUUUUGGCUAGCAUGCAUAAAUAUCAACCUCGUCUGCAUAUAAUUCGUACUUCCGAUCUUGCACAAAUUCCUUGGGCACCACAGCAGGCGUUCGUCUUUCCUGAGACCGAAUUUGUUGCUGUAACUGCUUAUCAGAAUGAUCGGAUUACCAAAUUGAAAAUCGACAACAAUCCAUUUGCUAAAGGUUUUCGUGAAACCGGCCAAUCACGUUGCAAGCGUAAAAUGUCUUUAGCAGCAGAUGAGCAUGAACAAACAAUUGAGAAUCCUACAAGUCCAAGCAGAACGAUUGAAGAUGAUCGUUCCAGUAUGUGCAGUGUAGACUCACCAAAACCAAAACGCCAACGUGCUAAUGACUCUUAUGACAGCGAGUAUUAUUUAAGUUCAGGCAGUUCCAGUGGUACGAUAUCACCACGUUAUGAUGAAACCGCUUAUCGUCAGAAUUCUCCACAUAUGUUUUUACAUCAUCCGUUAGCACAUCAACAAGCUUUAAUCCAUUCGACAGCAGCUUAUUUCGGAAAUCCUAACCCACUUUUACAUCCAAUGCUUAUAGAACAACAAACACAUAUGCCUUUCCCACAUGAACUUACACAUUCGCUGGCACGCUUAACACCUGCGCAACUAUCCCCAUGCGGUAGUGCACAAAUAAAUGAUCCAAUGGAAGAAGUAAGAGCGGAGAAAAUCUCUUCUACGACUGCAAAUCAUCCUACAACAAUAACAACGGAACCAUCGUCAGUUUCAACACAGCCCGCACAAAGCAAACGUAACAACUUCAGCAUAUCAGCAAUUCUAGCUUUUUAAUUUUAUAUAAUUUAUGUUAGAAUAUAAUUGUAAUGUAUUAUAGACCAUAUUUGUAUGUAUGGAUAGACAUCAUCAG